AUGUUGGGUGCACCGGGAAUAAACGGAAAGAGAGUUACAGUCUUAUCAAAAGAUGGAUUAACUGAUUUCAUGCGGUCCAUCAUUUUUAGCAAAGAAACCAAAGAACCCUUUUACAUACUUGAUUUAGGUGCAGUCACUACUCUCAUGUAUAGGUGGACUCGAGCCCUCCCUACGAUUCAACCACACUAUGCCGUUAAGUGCAACCUGAACUUGAAUUUCCUUGGUGCCAUGGCUGCUCUUGGGUCAAAUUUUGAUUGUGCAAGUCAAGCCGAGAUUGAGUCUAUUUUGUCACAAGGAGUUUCUUCAGAUCGGAUCAUAUUUGCGAACCCUUGUAAAGCUGAGUCUCACAUCAAGUACGCGGAGAAUGUUGGUGUAAACUUGACGACUUUUGAUUCAAUGGAUGAAAUUGAAAAGAUGCAAAAAUGGCAACCAAAAUGA